GGGGGGGAGAAUAGAUCGGCGGUAGUGGCGGGAUUCCCACUUCGGUGCCGUGGGAAAGGAUGACUGUUUUAGGGUUCACAUGCUUUAAAUUCCUUGGCAAUCAACUCGACCCAACUGACCACAAUCGAUCAACGUGGGCAGCAGAUAAGGUUGAGCAAGGGGGAAAGUAUAAAAUCCACUCAAUACAUUACUUCUUGCCUUGACCCACUUCUUAUCUCCCCUUCAACUCACCUACUAAACACCUCCCUCCUUCCCGCAACUUCAACAUGAAAGGCGAAGAGACAUCAAAAGUCGAUUAUAUCGGCGAUGAUCUAGAAAGAAAUUCAUCCGGCAGCGAGCAAGAGUACAAACAAAACGUGCAAGUGGAAGAAUUCAAUCAUAAUGCAGCCGUUCCAGCGGAAGCUGUUGGAGUUGAGGAAAAAGCUGCAAGAGCAUCUGCUGAUGAAGCGUAUGAACUUGCAGGAGAAGUGGCAAUGCAAUUCACACCUGCAGAAGAACAAUCAGUAAAACGUAAAUUGGAUAAACGUAUUCCGGCAUUUUGUGCUGCAAUUUAUUUUUUACAAUUCAUGGAUAAAACUUUAUUAAAUUAUGCUUCAAUCACUGGACUUCCAAUCAAAGGUUUAGAUUAUAAUCAAGUCAGCGCAGGAUUUUAUUAUGGUUUUAUGGUUUUCGUAUUUCCUUCUGCUUGGCUUUCUCAAAGAUUUCCAUGGGGAGUUACGAAAUAUCUCGGUAUAAAUGUCAUCCUUUGGGGAAUCACUUUGGCACUUUCUGCAAUCAGUCCGCAUUUUGCUCCUUUUUUCGUUUUACGAAUUUUGUUGGGCAUGUUUGAAUCUACAGUCACACCAAUCUUACUGAGCACAAUCGUUGCUUUUUAUCGAAAAGAAGAACAAGCAACUCGAAUUUGCGCAUUCUACUCUAUGAACGGUCUCACGCAAGUCAUUGGACCUUUGAUCGCAUACGGAACAACUUAUGGCGGUGGCGUAUUUGGAAAUUCAGGUGCUUGGAGAUUGCUUUAUAUCAUCUUUGGAGUUUUGACCGUUAUUGUUGGAGUGAUUGUUACGCUAUUUAUGCCCAAUAAUCCAAUGGCAGCCACAUUUUUGAACGAUCGCGAAAAACGAGUCGCACUGGAACGUGUACGAGCAAAUGCAUCCGGAACAGCUCAACGUCAUUUCAAGUGGUCUCAAGUGAAAGAAGCUGUUUUCGAAUUGAGGAUCUGGCUAGUUUUAGCUUUUGUCAUCCUGACUUCCAUCCCAAAUGGUGGUCUUUCAAGCUUUUCGUCAAAGAUCUUGAAAGGAUUCGGUUACGAUACUCGUCAAACUUUGUUGAUUGGAAUGCCAAAAGGUGCUUUCGAAUUCGUUACCAUUAUUCUUUCUGCAUGGCUUUCGGAUAAAUACAGUGAACGCAUGCUCCCAAUCAUGAUUGCUUUAAUCCCUACAAUUGUGGGUGCUGCAAUUUUGGUUGGAUAUGGAGAAGAGAGUGCCGCUUUGCACCAUCGAGGUGCAGUUGUAUUUGCUGUUUAUCUAACGGCUACUUUCGGAGCCUCUCUAUCAAUUGUAUACGCUUGGAAUGCUACCAAUAUAGGUGGUAGCAGCAAAAAGACUGCCGCAUACGCAGCCAAUAUGUUUGCUUUUGGUAUUGGUAAUAUUGCUGGAUCAUUCGUCUUUCGUGAUGAAGAUGCACCACAAUAUAUCCCUGGUAAAACUUCAACUUUGGUAUCUCUAGCUUUGGCUGCAAUCGUUGCCGUUUGGAUUCGUUGGUUGGUCAGUCGUGCAAAUGCACGUAAACGUCAACAAGUGCGUGAAUUACAACAACAAAACGGAUGGAGUGAUGAAGAAGUACAAAAGCAAAGGGAUGCUUGGGCUUUCCGUGAUUUGACAGAUGGUCAAAAUCCAUUCUUCGUUUAUGCUUCUUGAUCUAUCCUGUACUUUGUUAAUUUAUCUCGCUCAUCUGACUGCGUUGCUUGAGCUGUGAUACGCAUUUCGAUGUAACGUAAAAGAGUUCUGGGAAGCUGAAGGGGGCGUCAUGAAUACCAUUAGUCUUGCAGCCAUUCACAUAUUUGCCCGGCCCGUAUCCUCAGCGUCAUCGUAGAAGCAGGGGCUGCGUGAAUUAUUCCGCCCCAAUUGGCUGUGUUUCCAUAUCUUAUGCACCUUCGUUCACAUGUAUGUAUCCGAACAAUAAAAAAAG